UUGCUGAAUUGGGUAUUUUACGCAUCGUGCAAAGAGAUCGCUUCUCCGAUGAGGUAAAGGCAUUAGAGCUUGAGAGCAGUGUUUCACGUCACAACUCGUUAUAUCAGUUAGAUCCUUAUGUGGAUGAUGACGGACUUAUUCGAGUGGGAGGACGUCUUCGUCAUUCAAAACUUUCAAAUAAUGAGAAAUUCCCGAUCUUGCUGCCGAAAAAUCAUUCUGUUUCUUUCCUCCUUGCAUCCCAUUAUCAUCAGGAAGUUUAUCACCAAGGGAGACAAAUUACCGAAGGAGCCUUAAGAUCAGCAGGCUACUGGGUUAUUGGCGAGAAGACUGAUAUCGAGAAUCAUUCAUCAUUGUAUCACCUGCAGAAAACUCCGAGCUAAACCCUUAGAGCAAAAGAUGGCAGAUCUUCCUGAUGAUCGUCUGACUCCUGCCCCACCUUUUACAUUUGUUGGAGUGGAUGUGUUUGACCCCUGGAAAAUUGUAUACAGACGUACUAGAGGAAGUAAAGUGAAUCCAAAGCGUUGGGCAGUCCUUUUUACGUGUUUAGCUAUCCGAGCCAUCCAUACCGAAGUGAUAAAGGAAAUGACCUCAUCAUGUUUCAUUAAUGCUCUGAGAAGAUUCACAAGCAUACGUGGUCCAAUCAAGGAACUUCGAUCAGAUCGCGGAUCAAAUUUUAUUGGUUCGGUUGAUGAUUUGGAGGCAAACGUCAUUAACAUUGAAGAUCCCAAGACCUCGUCAUACCUAAAUUCCCAAGGAAUCACCUGGAAGUUUAAUCCUCCCAAUUACUCACACAUGGGAGGAGUGUGGGAGAGGAUGAUAGGAGUCUCCAGAAGAAUUUUAGAUUCUCUGCUUUCUGAUAUUCCUGGCAAUUCAUUGACUCACGAAGUUCUCGUAACGUUCAUGUGUGAAGUUAUGGCUAUCGUGAACGCCAGACCAUUGGUACCUGUUUCUACUGACCCGGACAACCCUCUUGUCCUCAGUUCAUCAGUCAUAUUGACGCAGAAGACCAAAUCAGAUACUCAGACAUUUAACCAGAUCAAUCAGUCGGAUGUGUAUAAAUCUCAAUGGAGAAGAGUGCAGACUUUGGCUGAAAAAUUCUGGAAACGUUGAUCUAGAGAAUUCCUUCAGAUUCUACAGAAGCGAAGAAAAUGGGAAACAGACAUUCAAAAUCUACAGGACAGAGACGUCAUUCUAAUGAAAGACAGCAACCUUCCAAGGAAUGAGUGGCCACUAGGAGUUGUCCUGCAUGCCAUAAAAGGUGACGAUGGAUGUGUUCGCAAAGCUCAAAUACGCAUUCUGCGAGACGGAACUCCAAAGGAAUUUGUUCGUCCUAUUUCUGAACUUGUGUACCUUUGUUCAAAUUCUGACUAACAUCAAAGACUCGUAUUUGAACAUUAUUAUGAUUGUGAUGUUUAUAAGAGUGAUAUCAAUUUUUUUAGAUAUCAGACGGGGAGUGUUGUGCCCAUUCCAGAAAUAUUUGUUCCGUUUUUGUCCGGUUAUGUUUAUACAUGUAUUUUGUCAUCAGCCAUUUUUUCACGUUUUCGUUUCAUCGUUCAUACUCAUCAUUUUUACAUGACCAAUUUCUCGUGUCACCACCAUUUCUUACCAUCAAUGUUCCAUCUACAUCGACUAUUGUGUUUGUUUUUAUUUUCCUGGACUAUUGUGGUUAAGCUAGCUGC